AUGGCUCUGUUUUCCUCUGUUUCGCUCUGCAUGCUUCUUCUCCUAUCCUUCUUUUUCUUCCCAUGUUUCUCAUCAAAACCUAAUAAUCAUCGCCAUGCAAAUAACUCUUUCUCCUUCUCUUUCCCUUUAACAUCUCUUCCACUUUCCACAAACACUAAACUUUCUACCCUUUCAUCAUCUUCUUUAACUGUGAAAUCAUCUUUCAAAUACUCCAUGGCUCUUGUUGUGACUCUCCCCAUUGGAACACCACCACAGCUUCAACAAAUGGUUCUCGACACAGGUAGCCAACUUUCAUGGAUUCAAUGUCACGACAAAAAAACACCACAGAAUAAACAACUUCCGACAACCUCGUCUUUCGAUCCUUCUCUUUCCUCGUCUUUCUAUGUUCUCCCAUGUAACCACCCACUUUGUAAACCCCGUGUUCCCGAUUUUACCCUUCCCACAGAUUGUGACGCAAACCGUUUAUGUCAUUACUCUUAUUUCUACGCUGACGGAACUUUAGCCGAGGGUAAUCUCGUCAGAGAAACUAUCAAUUUCUCUCCUUCCGAAACUACCCCUCCUAUUAUCCUCGGUUGCGCUACUCAAUCUAAAGACGCUAAGGGUAUUUUGGGAAUGAAUCUUGGUCGUCUUUCGUUUUCUUCUCAAGCUAAAAUAACUAAGUUUUCCUAUUGUACCCCUUUAAAACAAACUCAACCCGCAUCCGGUUCGUUUUUCCUCGGAGAUAACCCGGAUUCGUCGCGAUUCCGUUACGUAAACUUGUUGACUUUUUCUCAAAGUCAACGCAUGCCAAAUUUGGACCCUUUGGCCUACACAGUUCCUUUACUAGGAAUUAGCAUUGGUGGGAAGAAAUUGAAUAUUCCACCUUCAGUUUUCAAACCGGAUGCUGGCGGGUCGGGUCAAACCAUGAUUGACUCCGGAUCCGAAUUCACUUAUUUAGUGGAUGAGGCUUAUAAUACAAUACGAGAGGAGUUGGUUAAAAAAGUGGGACCCAGAAUUAAAAAGGGCUACGUGUACGGUGGCGUAGCUGACAUUUGUUUUGAUGGAGAUGCGGUUGAGAUCGGACGGUUGGUGGGAGACAUGGUGUUUGAGUUUGAAAAAGGGGUGCAAAUAGUGGUUGCAAAAGAAAGAGUUCUUGCUGAGGUGGAGGGUGGGGUCCAUUGUUUUGCAAUUGGAAGAUCAGAAAGAUUGGGUGCGGGUAGUAACAUUAUUGGCAACAUACAUCAACAAAAUCUAUGGGUGGAAUUUGAUCUCGCCAAUCGUAGAGUUGGUUUCGGCGAGGCCGAUUGUAGCAAAUCGGCUAAAUAA